AUGGGAAUUAGUACACAGGAAGCAAUACACAGAUUCUCUCUUUCCUCCCACUUUCAUUUGACUUUGUCUCCUCCCUUUAUUAACAACUAUGUCUUUCUCUUUUUUCUUUAUCCUUUUUUCAAUUACUUCUCAUUCUCUCACUCUCCCCACUCUUCUUUCUCUAAUAACAUAUCACUCUCUGCUUUUUAUCAUUUGCAUUUCACUUUCUUCUGUCUUUUUCUUUUUCAUUAUGUCUGCAAGAAAUUCAAAUUUCUUUUCUUUUCCUCUCUAUCACUUUCAUUCCACCAACCUUUUUUCUUGUCUUCUUUUUUCUUUUUCCUUUUCUUUCUUAUUCUCUCUCCAUCCCUCUCCUCUUUCUCUCCGUCCCUCUCCGCUCUCUCUCUGUCCCUCUCCCCUCUCUCUCUGUCUUUCUCUCCUCCUCUUUUCCCUUACUUCCCAGUAAAAAUAAUCUUUUUUCCUCCUCCUUCAGUCUUUCUCUUUAACUCUUAUUUAACCAAAGUUUUUCUUGUUUUCUUUUUUCUCUUUCCUUUUCUUUCCUUUUCUUUUUCUUCUUAUUUUUCUUUUUGUUUCUUUUUUCUUUUUCUUUUUGAUUUUCUUUUUUCCCUUUCCAUAAAAAUUUUCUUUUAUUUCUUUUUGAUUUUCUCCUGUUUUCCUUUCCUUUUCACAUCCCCUCUUUUUGUUCCUCCUCCUCUUUCACAUUCCCCUUCUUGUUCCUCUCCUUUUUAA